AUGUUUUUACUACCGGUUAUUUUACUAACGAGUGGGUAGCGUUUAUAAACGAAUCUUCUGAAGAAGCUGCAAAUAUUGGUAGAACUUUGGGAUUCAGAUUAGAAGAAGAGAUACUUCCAAAUUAUUUUAAAUUUGUGCGUGACAGAAUGAAAAAAAGAUCGCUUUCAAGCAACAGUUAUCAUCAAAAUUUGUUCAAACAAAACCCAAAAGUAAUAUGGUUGGAACAACAAAAAGUUAAAAUACGUAUGAAGAGAGAUUUUUUUGUCGAUCCAUUAUGGCCCAAUAUGUGGUAUAUGAAUGAAAAGGUUCAUCCAUCUAUGAAUAUAAUGGACGCCUACAAGAGGUUCAAUAUGACUGGUGAUGGAAUUGCUAUAACAAUUCUCGAUGAUGGCAUUGAGAAAAAUCAUACAGAUCUGUUUGCAAAUUACGAUCCUCAAGCAAGUUAUGACUUCAACGAUAAUGACACUGAUCCUCACCCAAGAUAUGACUUCACCGACUUCAAUCGCCACGGAACGCGGUGCGCGGGAGAGGUUGCGGCAAUCGCUAACAACAAUAAAUGUGGCGUGGGCAUUGCCUACAAGGCUGGUAUCGGAGGUAUACGAAUGUUGGAUGGGGAUGUAACUGACGCUUUGGAAGCUCAGGCUUUAUCAUAUCAUCUCCAACAUAUUGAUAUCUUCAGUGCUUCAUGGGGACCAACAGAUGAUGGCAAAACGUUGGAUGGCCCAGGCACCCUUGCACAAAAAGCUAUUUUAAUGGGGGUCCAACAAGGCCGAAACGGUUUAGGAACUAUAUAUGUAUGGGCAUCCGGCAAUGGUGGAAGACAUGGCGACAACUGCAAUUGUGAUGGUUACACGAAUAGCAUGUACACAUUGUCUGUCAGCAGCGUCACAUCUACUUACGAGCAGCCUGAUUACCUGGAAAGGUGCUCAUCCACAUUGGCUGCCACUUAUAGCAGUGGAUCCGACAGAAGAACGCAAAUUAUCACGACGGACCUGCAUGACGGCUGCACUGACACCCACUCUGGCACGUCUGCCAGUGCACCAAUAGCUGCCGCCAUCAUCGCUCUAGCUCUGCAAAAAAACAAGUUUUUGACAUGGAGAGAUGUUCAGCAUCUGGUGGUCAGAUCGUCAAGAAGAUCAACGCUCAAAAGCGAUGACUGGAUCCUGAACGGUGCUGGCAGAUGGUUCAGCCAUGCAUAUGGAUAUGGAUUGAUGGAUGCUUCUAAGCUGGUCGAAUUAGCUCAUAUUUGGAAAACUAGUCCAAAAAGAAUCUCAUGCUUCUUUGCCCCUGUUAUAACCAACAGAACGGUUCAUGGGGGUUUAGAAACUGCGAACGUCGUCAACGUAUCGUCGUGCACUGAUAAUAACGAGGUUGUCAAAUACAUCGAACACGUGCAAGCCCAGAUUACUUUCUCCACGGCGAAAAGAGGUGAUUGUGAACUUCACCUCCUAUCUCCAGCUGGUACUAGAUCUAAAUUGCUGAUGAAAAGACCUCUGGAUACAUCUAGUGAGGGUAUUAUUAACUGGCCUUUUACUUCAACGCACUUUUGGGGAGAGAACCCUGAAGGGGUCUGGUCCUUGACAGCCAUGUGCUCGAAAGAAAAUGGCGAAUUGACAAACUGGGUUUUGUCAAUACACGGGACGAGUAUUGAUCCAGACCUUUCUGUCCCGAAGCGUAGAACUCUUGAACCCAGUAAAAAGGUUUGUGAGGGGAAUGAAUACAUGCUGAAUGGUGCCUGCUACGACAAAUGUCCACAGCAAUACUUUCCCGAUUGGAACCUGGUGAGAGUUUCAUCGGACACAUCCAACUUCACUGAGAUAUUGAAUGCAUCAACAUGCAGUCCUUGCCAUCAAUCCUGUCGGGAGUGCUACGGGCCACUGAAGGAUCAAUGUAUUUCCUGUUCUUCCGAUAGAGAUUUCAAUCAUUCAAACCACUGUGAUAAUGAUACAGCCACUUCUGCCAAACUUUCCGCGUCGCAUCUGUUGGUGCUGGCAUCGGUGUGCUGCAUCAUAUCCACCUUGAGCUUUAUUUUUGUAACGUUUUGCAGAUCUUUCAAAAGAGAUUAUGAAUAUGCUGGGAUUGCCAAAGACGAUUUUGAUGAUUAUUUAUAAUUAAUUAUAAAUUGAGUAUUAACCUACGUAUGAUAUGUUUUUAUUUUAGUUUGUUUGGUGCUAUAUCAAUUUUAUCUAAAUCAGGUUUUUAAUUAUUAUCAUUUUAAAAUUGGUUUUGUUUUAUAUUUAUUUAGUUUUUUAAUUAAAUUUAAUUGGGUUUUCUAUGGUUUCAACGUAUUCUGUGCCAUUGAAGGUUUUCACAUGUUUUCAUUGGUUCUGUCGACCUUAUUAAUUUAUUCAGGGCAAACAAAUUUACUGAAUUUGUUGUUGAUUGCGAUCAUUGUGUCAUAUAUAUCAAUAAUUCCAACUUAAACGGUUAUUUUUUAAGAUUUCCUCUACGACAUAUCUGUACUUAUUGCAUUUCCUACCUUAAAAUCGGUUUUUAACAUGUUUUAAUCAUUCCACUUUCAAUAUUUUUCAUAUUUUUUGCACGCUGUUGUUGAAGUUUUUACAAGUUUUUGAAUUGAUAUUGUACAAAUAUAUAUUUAUUUAUUGAAUUCUUGUUAAAAUAUUUCAAUGAAUUAAGAUUUUAUAAAUGGUGUAUAUCGCUGUUCUUGAGCAGUCUUCAACGUGCCUUAUGAUGGCUUUAUUUUAAUUUUUACUCCAAUGGUAAUUUAUUAAAACGUCGAUAUUUAUAUUUUUGUGGUAUUUAUUUUUUUUAACAUUUCUAUGUUUGGUAUAGAUCUGCUGUAAUUUUCUGGUUUAUGUGAUACCACUACAUUCAUUUAUUUGAUUUUAAUUAAUUAUGUGUGACUAUUUUAAAGGGCUUGAACCAAAA